AUGUCCCGAGCAGACGCUUCCAACGCCAAGAUUUGCACAAGGGCUUUGAUUUCACCGAUCGUCAAUGCAUUCGAUUCCAAUCACGUUCUUUGUAUGGAAAAUGUGGAACAUCGUGAGGCAGACGACAAAUACAAUGUCCAUUUCAUCUGUCCAGUUGAAGAUGAGAAGAGUAUGCACACGAGAACGGCCGUUCAAGAGAAGGUGAAUGGCAUUGAGGAGGAAACUGAGUGUCCCAUUUGCUUUGAUGUUAUUCAACCACCCAUCCUCAGACCAAGUGAAUGCAACCACUACUUCUGUCGCGAUUGUCUACUGAAAUGCGCUCAAGAACAAUUUGCCUGUCCCAUCGAUCGCAGACGCCUCACGAAAGUGAUGCUUUAUGACAAAAUUGGAGGCGAUGUGACAAAAGAGCAGGCGAUGCAAGCAGCCCUUGCACGUAGAAUGUGUAGAUCACGGUUGUUCUGUGGAAAGCCAGAGUACUCGAAGAAAUGGAAGAAGAAGAAGAAGAAGAAAUGGAAGAAGAAGUUUACGAAUGCCUUCCAUGCGCAAUAUUGCAGUUGUCUUUUUCAAGGGGUUUCGAAGAUUGUGUGA